ACUGCGGACAUGGCCUCACGCGGCGCCCGCCCGGGCCCGAGAUCCCGGCGCCCCGCGCUGUAGCUGCGCGUAGAGGAGGCCUCGACAGAGCCCACGGCGCAGACAGCCGGGCGGGCGGCAUGGAGGCGGCGCACCUGCUUCCGACUGCCGACGUGCUGCACCGCUUCGAGGUGACGGCCGAGUGCGGCCUGAGUCCGGCGCAAGUGACCAGCGCGCGGGAGCGCUACGGCCCCAAUGAGCUCCCAACUGAGGAAGGGAAGUCCUUGUGGGUGCUGGUGCUGGAGCAGUUUGAGGACCUCCUGGUGCGCAUCUUGCUGCUGGCUGCCCUGGUCUCCUUCGUCCUGGCCUGGUUCGAGGAGGGCGAAGAGACCGUGACUGCCUUCGUGGAGCCCCUGGUCAUCAUGCUGAUCCUUGUGGCCAAUGCAAUUGUGGGCGUGUGGCAGGAACGCAACGCUGAGAGUGCCAUCGAAGCCCUGAAGGAAUAUGAGCCUGAGAUGGGCAAGGUGAUCCGCUCGGACCGCAAGGGUGUGCAGAGGAUCCGUGCCCGGGACAUGGUUCCUGGAGACAUCGUGGAAGUGGCGGUUGGGGACAAAGUGCCUGCUGACCUCCGCCUCAUCGAGAUCAAGUCUACUACACUGCGAGUGGACCAGUCCAUCCUGACCGGUGAAUCUGUGUCUGUGACCAAGCACACAGAUGCCAUCCCAGACCCCAGGGCUGUGAAUCAGGACAAGAAGAACAUGCUGUUUUCUGGCACUAACAUUGCAUCGGGCAAAGCAGUGGGUGUGGUGGUGGCCACAGGCCUGCACACAGAGCUAGGUAAGAUCCGGAGCCAGAUGGCGGCCGUGGAGCCGGAGCGGACGCCACUGCAGCGCAAACUGGAUGAGUUCGGGCGGCAGCUGUCCCGAGCCAUCUCCGUGAUCUGUGUGGCUGUGUGGGUCAUCAACAUCGGCCACUUUGCCGACCCAGCUCAUGGUGGUUCCUGGCUCCGUGGUGCUGUCUACUACUUCAAGAUUGCUGUGGCCCUGGCUGUGGCCGCCAUCCCUGAGGGCCUCCCGGCUGUCAUCACUACAUGCCUGGCUCUGGGCACACGGCGCAUGGCACGCAAGAACGCCAUCGUGCGGAGUCUGCCCUCUGUGGAGACCCUGGGCUGCACAUCAGUUAUCUGCUCCGACAAGACUGGCACACUCACUACCAACCAGAUGUCUGUCUGCCGGAUGUUCGUGGUGGCUGAGGCCAAGGCCGACUCCUGCCAUUUGUACGAAUUCACCAUCUCGGGUACCACAUAUGCCCCCGAGGGCGAAGUGCGGCAGGGAGAAAAGCUCGUUCGUUGCGGGCAGUUCGACGGGCUGGUGGAGCUGGCGACCAUCUGUGCUCUGUGCAAUGACUCUGCGCUGGACUACAAUGAGGCCAAGGGCGUGUACGAGAAAGUGGGAGAGGCCACAGAGACAGCUUUGACUUGCCUGGUGGAGAAGAUGAACGUGUUUGACAUGGACCUGCAGGCACUGUCCCGGGUGGAACGAGCUGGCGCCUGCAACACGGUCAUCAAGCAGCUGAUGCGGAAGGAGUUCACCCUGGAGUUCUCCCGGGACCGGAAGUCCAUGUCAGUGUACUGCACAUCCACCCGCCCAGGCUCAGCCACCCAGGGCAGCAAGAUGUUUGUGAAGGGGGCUCCAGAGAGCGUGAUUGAGCGCUGCAGCUCAGUUCGUGUGGGGAGCCACAAAGUACCCCUGAACACCACCGCCAGGGAGCAAAUCCUGGCAAAGAUCCGAGAUUGGGGCUCAGGCUCAGACACGCUGCGCUGCCUGGCACUGGCCACUCGGGAUGUGCCUCCAAAGAAGGAGGACAUGCAGUUGGACGACUGCAGCAAGUUUGAGCAGUACGAGACGGACUUGACCUUCGUGGGCUGUGUGGGCAUGCUGGACCCUCCGCGGCCCGAAGUGGCUGCUUGUAUCACCCGUUGUCGUCAGGCGGGUAUCCGCGUGGUCAUGAUCACAGGUGACAACAAAGGCACAGCCGUGGCCAUUUGUCGCCGGCUUGGCAUCUUUGGGGACACAGAGGACGUGAUGGACAAGGCAUACACAGGCCGUGAAUUUGAUGACCUCAGCCCUGAGCAGCAGCGCCACGCCUGCCAGACAGCCCGCUGCUUCGCCCGAGUGGAGCCCGCGCACAAGUCCCGCAUUGUGGAGAACCUGCAGUCCUUUAAUGAGAUCACCGCCAUGACUGGUGACGGCGUGAAUGAUGCUCCAGCCCUGAAGAAAGCAGAGAUUGGCAUUGCCAUGGGCUCAGGCACAGCUGUGGCCAAGUCAGCGGCAGAGAUGGUGUUGUCAGAUGACAACUUUGCCUCUAUUGUGUCUGCGGUGGAGGAGGGCCGGGCCAUCUACAGCAACAUGAAGCAAUUUAUCCGCUACCUCAUUUCUUCCAAUGUCGGCGAGGUCGUCUGCAUCUUCCUCACGGCAAUUCUGGGCCUGCCUGAAGCCCUAAUCCCCGUGCAGCUGCUCUGGGUGAACCUGGUGACAGAUGGCUUACCUGCUACGGCCCUGGGUUUUAAUCCACCAGACCUGGAUAUCAUGGAGAAGCUACCCCGGAACCCCCGUGAGGCCCUCAUCAGUGGCUGGCUCUUCUUCCGCUAUCUGGCUAUUGGUGUGUACGUGGGCCUGGCCACUGUAGCUGCCGCCACAUGGUGGUUCCUGUAUGAUGCCGAGGGACCACAUGUCACUUUCUACCAGCUGAGAAACUUCCUGAAGUGUUCCAAGGACAACCCACUCUUUGCCAAUGACAACGUUGACUGCGAAGUCUUCGAGUCCCGCUUCCCAACAACCAUGGCCCUCUCUGUGCUGGUGACCAUUGAGAUGUGCAACGCCCUAAACAGUGUCUCAGAAAACCAGUCGCUGCUGCGGAUGCCACCCUGGCUGAACCCCUGGCUGCUAGCUGCUGUGGCCAUGUCCAUGGCCCUGCACUUCCUCAUCCUGCUGGUACCACCUCUGCCCCUCAUUUUCCAGGUGACCCCACUGAGCGGGCGCCAGUGGGUGGUGGUUCUCCAAAUAUCCCUGCCUGUCAUCCUGCUUGAUGAGGCCCUGAAGUACCUGUCACGAAACCACAUGGACGUCCAUUUCCAUCCAGGCAUUCUCAGGACAGUCUCCCAGGCUUGGAGUGCGCAGCCGCUGCCUGCCUCCCGGACCCCAGACCACACUGGAAGAAAAGGGCCAGAAGUGAAUGCUGGGAGCAGAGUGAAGUCUCCAACGUUGUCCUCAGACUGA